AUGCAACUGACCAACGAAGCCGUACAGCAAUCGUCACUGGCUCGUCGCGGGGAAUCUAUUGCUAUUCGAAUGGCCCACGACGGCUACGAUGUCUGCAUCAAUGAUAUCCAGGCUAACAAAUCUGGAUGUGACGAAGUGGUCAAAGAGAUCCAAAAACUUGGCCGCAAGUCAUUCGCAUACACAGCCGACGUAUCAAACUUGAAAGAGGUUCAAGGUCUAGUAAAAUCUUCCGUUGAAGAGCUGGGUCCGCUCAACACCAUGGUCGCAAAUGCUGGCAUUGCUCAGGUGAAAGCACUGCUUGACCUAACGCCGGACGACUUGAGCAGAAUGUUCCAAGUCAACGGUAUAGCAGCAAGUCCAGAAUAUUAUACCCUGGUUCUGACCAGCCACAGUGUACGGCGUCUUCAAUUGUUACUCAACGGCCGCAAAACAGAUGAUAUCUCAGGGCAGUGGGGGCAAGUUACUUGGUGCAGCCAGUGUAAGUUGUACCCCUGUCUAAACCAGGUUGGGCCUGCAAACAGUACAGUGUAA